AUGAGGAUUUUCCUGGUUUGGACCUUUUUCCCAGGUAGCUGGGCGGUGACAGGCCCUGCACAGGUGACAGCCGAGCAGGGCAGCUCGCUGACCGUGUCCUGCAGCUACGAACCGGGCUAUGAGCUCCACUCCAAGUACUGGUGCCGCCCAGGUUUCCUCUGGUUUUGCUUCACCUUUGCCCAAACCAACGGCUCAGAGGUGACAGUGACACAAGGCAGGGUGUCCAUCAGGGACAACCACACGACACACUCGUUCACGGUGACGCUGGACAAUGUCCUGCCAGGGGACGCAGGCUGGUACUCAUGCAGAGUGAGGAGGAGACUGUGGUUCAGCCUGCGGCACACCGUCGAGGUGAUGGUCUUUGCAGCUGUUUCAAGCACAAUUGAGGGAAGCACCGUCAGCCUGUUCACCACCAACUCCCUGUGCCCCACGGGCUGUGGGGAGCCUCCAGUACUGUAA